UGUCAUUUUUCUUUCAGCUCACUCUUGGCCACACCACAGCCUACAUCUGCAGCUCAAGCUAGUGUGGGGUCUGGCAGCUCCAGUGAGUCAGAGAGUAGCUCAGAAUCAGACUCAGACACUGAAAGCAGCACCACUGACAGCGAAUCCAACGAGGCUCCUAGAGUGGCUACUCCAGAGCCUGAGCCACCCUCAACCAACAAAUGGCAGCUGGACAAAUGGCUGAACAAAGUCACGUCCCAGAACAAGUCAUUUAUUUGUGGCCAAAAUGAGACACCCACAGAGACCAUUUCUCUGCCUCCUCCAAUAAUACAACCAGUGGAGGUCCAGGUCAAAGUAAAACCAAACCCCAGCCAAUCUGUGGCUGUACCCAAAGAAAGGCCCCUCCUCAGUCUUAUUAGGGAGAAAGCUCGACCAAGGCCUACACAGAAAACUCCAGAAACAAAGGCCUUGAAGCAUAAGUUGUCAACAUCAGUUGACUCAGUUUCUCAAAAGACAAUUGGAAAGAAACAACCCAAAAAAGUUGAGAAAAACACCAGCUUUGAGGAGUUUACCUGGCCCAAACCAAAUACUACCAGCAGUACUCCCAAAGAAAAAGAAAGUGUGGAGCUUCCUGACCCACCACGCGCAAACAAAGCUACUGCCCACAAACCAGUGCCCAGGAAAGAGCCAAGGCCACAUGUCCCCCUGGCCACUGAGAAGAAGAAGUAUAGAGGGCCUGGGAAGAUUGUUCCCAAGUCCCGGGAAUUUAUUGAAACAGAUUCAUCUACAUCUGACUCAAGCACAGAUCAGGAAGAGACCCUGCAGAUCAAAGUACUGCCACCUUGCAUUGCACCUGGAGGUAAUACUUCUAAAUCCAAGGAGACUUCUAAUGCCAGCCUAACAUUAAGCACCUUGACCAGCAGCAACAGCAACAGCAACAGCAACAACUUGUCCACCAGCAAUGAGGAGACAGCUUUUUCACCACUUCCUGCCGUGCAAACUGAGCUUUUGACCCCUGUACGGGAUCAUGAGAUUCCAAAAAACCUCUGGGUGAAGAUUGACCUUGACUUACUUUCUAGAGUACCUGGCCAAAAUUCAGUCCCAGCAGCACCUGCAAAGACAGACCACCACAAGGAGACUGCCUCUAAACCCAAGCGACAAACUGCUGCCAUAACUGUGGAAAAACCAGCCCCUAAGGGCAAACGUAAGCACAAGCCAGCAGAAGCUGCAGAGAAAAUCCCUGAGAAGAAGCAACGCCUGGAGGACACUACUAUCUGCCUGCUUCCCCCUUGCAUCUCACCAGCCCCACCCCACAAGCCUCCCAACACUAGAGAAAAUUCAUCCAGGAGAGCAAACAGGAAAAGAGAAGAAAAGCUGUUCCCUCCCGCACUUUCCCCACUGGCAGAGGACCCUCCACGUCGCAGAAAUGUCAGUGGCAACAAUGGGUUCUUCAGUCAAGACAAAAAUAUCUCCAUGGCUGGACAAAUCACCUCUACCAAACCUAAAAGAAGUGAAGGCAAAUUCUGUGCUACUUUCAAAGGGAUAUCCAUAAGUGAGGGAGAUGCUCCAAAAAAGCCUGCCUCUGCCACCGUUACUGUCGCCAAUACGGCUAUUGCCACUGCUACUGCCACUGCCACUGCUCCUGCCAUUGUCACUGCCACUGUCACAGCUACUGCCACCACCACUGCCACAGCUACCACCACAACAACCACCACUACUAUUUCUAGCAUCACCCCUACAAUCACUUCUGGCCUUAUGGAUAGCAGUCACCUGGAGAUGACAUCUUGGGCAGCCCUGCCCCUCCUGGCCAGCAGUAGCACCAAUGUCCGGAGACCCAAGCUCACUUUUGAUGACUCUGUUCACAAUGCUGACUUUUACAUGCAAGAGGCUAAGAAGCUGAAACACAAAGCUGAUGCACUGUUUGAGAAAUUUGGCAAAGCUGUGAACUAUGCAGAUGCAGCCUUGUCCUUCACUGAGUGUGGCAAUGCCAUGGAACGUGAUCCUCUGGAAGCGAAGUCCCCAUAUACCAUGUAUUCUGAGACUGUGGAGCUCCUCAGGUACGCAAUGAGACUGAAGAACUUUGCAAGCCCCUUGGCUUCUGAUGGGGACAAAAAGCUAGCAGUAUUAUGCUACCGAUGCUUGUCACUUCUCUACUUGAGGAUGUUUAAGCUGAAGAAGGACCAUGCUAUGAAGUAUUCCAGAUCACUGAUGGAAUAUUUUAAGCAAAAUGCUUCAAAAGUGGCUCAGAUCCCGUCUCCUUGGGUAGGCAACGGAAAGAAUACCCCAUCCCCAGUGUCUCUCAACAAUGUCUCUCCCAUCAACUCAAUGGGGAAUUGUAACAAUGGCCCAGUCACCAUUCCCCAGCGCAUCCACCACAUGGCUGCUAGCCAUGUGAAUAUUACCAGUAAUGUGCUUCGGGGCUAUGAACACUGGGAUAUGGCUGACAAGCUGACAAGAGACAAUAAAGAGUUCUUUGGUGAUCUGGAUACACUGAUGGGGCCUCUGACCCAGCACAGCAGCAUGACCAAUCUUGUCCGCUAUGUUCGCCAGGGACUGUGUUGGCUGCGCAUUGAUGCUCAUUUGUUGUAGUGGGCACUCUCCCAUCUCACGGAUCAGCACUCAUCCCUCUACCUUUACCAGUGCCUUGAUGGUCACUGGUGGAACUCCACUCAUUUGGAAAAUUUCUCUUUCAUUAUGUUUGUUUUUAUGCAUUUUUGAUAUCUGUGAAAAACUGAAGUCAUUGUAAGUGAACACUACAAUGUGAGAGAAGUGUAUGUUUUAUUUUUUAAUAUUUGAUAUGCAUUACUCAUAUCUCCUUAUUUUUGUGCUUUAUGGAAUGAAAAUCCCUACAAUCUUGAGUUAAGUCCACACGAUUCUAAACAAAGAAUGAGAAGCACAUGUGAUGAUGACAGGUCCCUGAGAACUCAAUGAAGCAUCUAACAUGCAUCUGGAGAAGGGACCUGCAGAGAUCUCCGCAGUAGCCAUUCCCCAAACCAGACUCUUGGGUCCAGAAAAGAAUGUAUCUCAGAAUUCAUUGUUAAACAAUUUCUGUGGUUCCCAUAGACUAAAUCUUCAGGUGAGAAUCUCCAUUGUCAAACCCACAGAUUUGAUAUUCUAACCACGUGAUAAAAUCAAGGUUAGCAAGCAAAACACAAGCCUAAGAAUUCUACUCUUGAAAUGACACACAAGACUCUUUUGUUAACAUCCUAUUCCUGGUUACCUAUGCUUUUCUAAUAUUUUAAUGAUGAGGAAGAGGAGAAAAACUUAAUUCCAUAACUUUGCCAUCAGCUGUUAUAAACAAUGUAAAACUUAACUCCUCACCUGAGAUUGUCUUUGCACAAAACUCUCCUUUACAAGAUGCACAUCUUCAUCAUCAAAAUUUCACACUUAGCUAGACUUAAGAAAUCAGACUGGACUGACAGCUGUCCUCCCAGAAAUCCAUGCCUUGGCCUCAUUUUCAGCCAGUAGGCAAAUCCAUAACUUCAUAUAUUUUUGAUAGAUGUGCAUAUAAAAUUGUGGAAUCAAAAGUCAAGUUAUGACUUUUUAAAAUUGAUAAUGCACAAUUUAUUUCCCAGUGUCCUUGCUAUCUGGACUUUCUAAAUAUUAUCCACAUUUUUUAUUUUUUAGAUAUUUUUCUUUCAGCUUUGCUUGAUGAUUUCUUUCCAAAGAUCUUGGCUAAAAUACAGUCAUGGUUUUUUGUUAAAGUUUACAUUAGUAUAAGUCAUUUACAUGAAAAUUCCAAAGAAAACACUAAAUUCUGUAAGUAAUACCUAAUUUUCUUUUUAUAAAAUGAAAAUCUUAGGUAGUGCUUCACCCUAGGAUCCUUGGAAUGAAUCUUGAAGUUUGGGAACAGUUCACCUAAUUUGGAGCAUUUCCUUAUGAAUUAUGACUAUCUCUCUUUAUGAUUCUCUACAUUCAUCUUAUGUCCCUAAAAAUCACCCUGUAAAUACCAUCUUCAGUGUUCCAGCUCACCAGAAAAUUUCUCCAGCUAUAGUAAACACUAUGCAUUCAUUAGUUACUUGUAAUUGCCUGCUGGCAUAUAAUUCUGUAUAACCUUUAAUCUGCUGAGUUAUUGAAUUCUAGUCACUGAGUUAUGACCAGAUAAAUAAUAGAUAUGUACAUGAAAAUUGCAAACUUGUAUGAUUUCUAAAGCAAGUCAUGCAGGUCUGUGAUAAGAACUUCAGGCAAUCACUCUGUAUUCUCACUGUAAAAGUUAGGUACUUCCCUAGUUGCAAAAGAGCCAGAUUUGAGUUCUGCUCUGAUCAUAUUUGAGUUUAAGGCCCUUUGUGGUAUAAUAAAGGUAAGGAAGUUGCAUUCCAAUGGCUAAAGCCAUGCUGUUUCUAUGGCUGAUGGGUGUACCCCAGCAGCUGAAGCCUGCACUUUUUAUGCUCCCAAUGUGGUUGAGCUUUAAACCUACAGUUUCAGCAACAACACUUACUUAUGCACACACACACACACACACACACACACAC